AUGCGGGCACUGAGUACCAGAAUAUUCUUAUGUAUUGAAACUGGAAAAGUGCAGGAGAAGAAGAAAAAGCUUAAAAUUUUGCUACAGAACUUAUUCUGUACUUCUCCAGGUUCAAAACUUAAGAAUAUUCUAGGGAUCUGCACCCAUAUUUUUCAUUCUAGUCAACAUGUCUGGUUCUGGGGAAAUAUUACCUUACCUGUAAACAGAUGUGACGGUGAAGAUGAAGGUGACGGUGAAGAUGAAGACAACAAUGAAGAUGACAAUGGGGAUGACGAUGAUGAGGAUAAAGACAAUGAUGAAGAUGAAGAUGAUAAUAAUAACGAAGACGGCAAUCAGGAUGAGGACAACAAUGAGGAUGACAAUGACGAUGAAGAUAAAGAUGAUGAUGAGGAUGAAGACAACAAUGAAGAUGAAGGUGACGAAGAGGAUGAAAUUGACGAUGAAGAAGAAGAUGACAAUGAGGAUGAAGACGAUGAUGAGGAUGAGAAUGAAGAUGGUGAUGAAGAUGAAGACAGCAAUCAGGAUAAAAACAAUGAGAAUGAACGGGACAAUGAAGAUGAAGAUGAUGAUAAGGAAGAAGAUGACGAUGAGGUUGAAGAUGACAAUGAAGAUGAAGACGAUGAUAAGGAUGAAAACAACAGUGAAUAUGAAGAUGAUGAUGACGAUGAGGAUGAAGACCACAAUGAUGAUGAAGAUGAAAAUGACGAUGAGGAUGAACAUGAUGAGAAUGAAAACAAAUAUGAGGAUGAAGAUAACAAUGAAGAUGGAGAUGAUGAUGAAGGUGAUGAAGACCACAAUGAUGAAGAUGAAGAGGACGAUGAGGAUGAAGAGGAGAAUGAAGACAACUAUGAGGAUGAAGAUGAUGACAAUGAAGGUGAUGAACACAAUGAUGAAGAUGAAGAUGACAAUGAGGAUGAAGACAAUGGUGAGAAUAAAGACGGUGAUGAGAAUGAAGAUGAUGAUGAGGAUGACGACAAUGAGGAUGAAGAUAACAAUAAGGAUGAGCAGGACAAUGAGGAUGAAGAUGAUGAUGAGGUUGAAGAUGACAAUGAGGAUGAAGGCAACGAUGAAGAUGAAUAUGAUGAUGAGGAUGAAGACAAUGAUGAGGAUGACAAUGAGGAUGGAGAUGAAGACGAUGAUUAGAAUAAAGAUGACGAUUAGGUUGAAGAUGACAAUGAGGAUGUACACGAUGAUGAGGAUGAAGAUGAAGAUGACAAUGAGGUUGAAGAUGAUGAUGAGGACGAAGACAACAAUGAGGAUGAAGAUAAUGAUGAAGAUGAAGACCACAAUGAAGUUAGAGAUGAUGAGAAUGAAGAUGAUGAGGAUGAAGACGACG